AUGCUUCGAAGUCGUUUGAAAAAAGUGAUUUCCCUCCGCGCGAGUGGAUAUCAGUCGAAAUGGAAUAUGCUGAAGUACAGAACCGAUGUAGAAGAGUACCCUUAUCAUCAAGAACAGUUUCAUAUCGACGAAAAUAUUGAUUUUUCAUACUUGUUGCCUAAAGAUCAUCCCGACUACAAACCUCCAGGAGAACCGCUCCGAUCUGAACUUUCGUCUCUCAGCGAAGAAGAAAUCGAAGAAAAAUAUCCCGAGUUCUUGAGCUGGGCGGAAUCUUGGCUUCACAACUACGAAAACGCUUUCCAAACAAAAGACUACGACGAGAUUCCUCAGAUGGACGCCGAACGCGAAGAAGAAAAGUACAACUUCGAUUUGCGAACAAGAAGAAAGCUCAUUAACCCGUUGAAGACGAUGAACAUGGUGCAACGAGACAUGUGGGAGCAGAAACUCCACGGCGUCACAAAAGCCGAAGAAAUUUACCACGAAGAAAACGGCGAAGAAUCCUUUCCAGGAAAAAGCGUCAAGUCGAUCAAUCUCCUUUAUGAAAACUCGUAUGAUUCGGAAGAUAUUCUAAACGAGCCGAUCGGAAAACAGAAGUGGCACGGCAAUCAACUCGCUAGUAAAGGCUUCACCCUGCAAGUCGAUAACGAUGGCCAAACAAAUUACAAAUGGGCAAGUCUCUGGCCAACACACAGAAGUUUUACAGACUCACUGAUUCCCUUCGAUGUUCGAGCUGGUCACAAAAGAGGCAGCGCGCAACGACUGGACAAAAACUUCAACUCGCAACUCAAUCACUCGCCGAAUCUACUUCAUCUUUCACCACCUGUCGUCAAAGCUCAUUGCGCACAGCUCAAGAAAUUCACGACCAAGUUCCCGGAAGAGUACAAAAAGGACUUUUCGAAAAUGCGCGAAGACUUUCCUCUAGAAAUCCACACAACCUCAAAGUGCAUUUCUGCGCCGUAUCAACAAAGUUCCAACAAUGCCACUCGAUGGGCCUCUCUUUUCGUCAAUUUCGGUCAACUUGGAUUGACCGAACAGCAGCGAAAGAAAUUCGAAGUUUUUGUCAAUGGACGGCCUGAUGAGGGAGUGACGAAGCGGCUUUAUACGAAAAACUCUCAUGCUUGGUACGGCUCUCCCAGGGCGACUUAUCGAGAUAGAAUCGCACAGGAUUAUAGAAUGGGGGAAGAUAAGAUUGUCCAUAGAACUGGGAUGGUAAAACUCGAAUCUGCAAGAUGUCCGUUGAAGUCACAAAACGAAGGCUAUCUGUUGUAUCUUCUUGAAGAAUAUUGGACGCAAGCUAGAAAAGUAUUCAAGGCUGAAAAUCGUGGUGAACUUAAGCAUGGAAAAUUUGCCUAUUCUCGCUCUAGGGCUAAAAAGAGGGCUGAUCGUCUUUUGAAAAUUGACGAACAUCCGGAAGAGUAUAAAGUUAUGAGCGAAGCAGUAGAAACAAUUUUCAACGAGCAUUCUUCAAAGAGCAAAAUCAGAGGCCACGAUGGAUAUGUUAAUAAAGCUCGGUCACAAAAGCCGGCAUCGAAGUGUGCUAAACAACAGGCUUACGAUGAUUAUGCGAAAGCAAUGGAGAAACUUUUACUGAACGAAGAGCAGCAAAAAGUUUCUGCAUAA